AUGCAAGCGAGUGGCGCACUUGAGACACGAGAGACAGAGCUGUAUGCCGGACGACUAAGCACUGCUUCGAUACCAGCCAGAGUACCACUCAUAUCAGGCACAGAUGCAUUAGCAGGAGCCAUCGGAGGAGUGGUAUCUGUAUUACUUGGUCAACCUUUCGACCUCAUUCGUGUUCGUUUGCAAACGUCCAACUCCAGCAAUGUCCUGAAAACAGCGAAGGACAUCUGGGUUUAUGAAGGGCCACGUGCAUUCUACAAAGGCGCAGCUGUCCCUUUUGCUGGUGUUGGAGUGUGUGUUGGUAUCCAAUUCGCCACCUUUCACAGCUUGCGACGGACUCUGGCCAAAGAUAACCAACCUUCGGUCGUUCAAAGCUAUAUUUGUGGUGGUGCCGCUGGUGCCUCCAACAGUUUGAUAUCCUCUCCGGUCGAGCACAUUCGCACAAGACUCCAGCUUCAACCUCAUGGAGCAGGUAGGCUAUAUUCGGGACCAGUGGAAUGCAUCAAAGCCAUAGUAAGGCAAGCUGGAAUACGGGGAAUCUUCAAAGCAUAUCCUGUAGCUCUUGUAAAGGAAAUUCAGGCAUUUGGCUGUUACUUCGCUGCGUUCGAGGCCAGCAUGACUGGGCUAUGCACGUUACAAGGGAAACUGCGCAGUGACUUGACGGUAUGGGAAACCAUUCCUUGUGGUGCAUUGGGUGGAAUCGGUUUUUGGGUGGGUAGUUUUCCAAUUGAUGUCAUAAAAACGAGGUUGCAAGGAGACGCUUUCGGGGAGGCAGCUCAGUAUCGAAGUGCUCGGAUGGCAGUUGCCAAGACGUGGCAAGAAGGUGGUGUCAAAGCGUUCUGGCGUGGCCUAUCUCCGACACUGGGUCGAGCAGAUAAGAAGGUUAAUGGCGCAACCACCUCAUCUACUGCCAGAUCUUUGACCACUUCAGCACAAGCCAUACUCGACAGAAGAAGAUUGUAG